GCUGCUUGCGGGGGCUCACUCGUACCGGGCAGGCGCGAGGCCGCUGCGCGCCCCCCCCUCCCCGCGCGCCGGCCCCCGCCUUACACGCGCGCACAACGGCCUCCUUGAGGAGGGGGGGAGCGCGGCGGCGGCGGCGGGGCGGGUUUUCCCCCUUUUCUGUUCUCCUCCCCCCCCGCCCCGUUUGUUUUUUGUGUUUUUUCUUUCCCGUCUUCCUCCCUCCCCCCCUCCUUCCUCCCGAAAGUUUCUCCGGGCCCGCCCGCCCGGGUGAUUCAGUCGCGGUGUCAAUCACCCUGCCCUCCUCUCCCCUCCUCCCCUUUCCUCCCGCCGCCGGCUCCUCCUCCCGGGGUAAGUCCGAAACUUUAUAAGUUGAGGUUUUCGCCGAGCCCCCUGGAAGCGGCGGCGGGUUAGGAGCGGCGGCGGCGGGGGGAGGCAGGCUGCGCGCCGGGCGCCGGAGGCUCUGCCUUACCCACGCCGCGACUCCUCGUGUCCGUGUGCCGCGGCCGCACCCGCGUCCCCCCCUCGCUCUCCGAAGAUGUCCACAGCCCUGGUGUCGCCCACCAUCUUCGACCUGAGCGAAGUUUUAUGCAAGAGCAACAAGAUGUUGAAUUACAGCCCCUCGGGUGUCAGCGGGUGCCUGCUGGACAGGAAGGCGGUGGGCACCCCUGCCGGCGCGGGUUUCCCUAGGAGGCACUCUGUCACCCUGCCCAACUCCAAGUUUCACCAGAACCAGCUCCUUAGCAGCCUGAAAGGGGAGCCAGCUCCCAUGCUGGGCCCCCGGGAAAGCCGCUUCCGGGACCGCUCCUUCUCCGAGGGCGGCGAGCGCCUGCUGCAGCAGAAGCAGCCUGGGGGACAGGUCAACUCUAGCCGCUAUAAGACGGAGCUGUGCCGCCCCUUCGAGGAGAACGGCGCCUGCAAGUACGGCGACAAGUGCCAGUUCGCUCACGGCAUCCACGAGCUGCGGAGCCUCACCCGUCACCCCAAGUACAAGACCGAGCUCUGCCGCACUUUCCACACCAUCGGCUUCUGCCCCUACGGGCCGCGCUGCCACUUCAUCCACAACGCAGAGGAGCGCCGUGCCGUGGCGGGGAGCCGGGAGCCCGCCGUCACCGACAGACCGCGCCUGCAGCACAGCUUCAGCUUCGCCGGCUUCCCCAGCACUGCUGCCAGCGGGCUGCUGGACAGCCCCACUUCCAUCACCCCGCCGCCCAUGCUGAGCGCCGAUGACCUGCUGGGCUCCCCCACCCUGCCUGACUGCGCCAGCAACCCCUUCACCUUCUCCAGCCAGGAGCUGGUCAGUCUUUUUGCCCCCAGCAUGGGGGUGCAGGUGCCUAGCGGGAACUCCCCCACCACCUUCUUGUUCAGGCCCAUGUCCGAGUCCCCCAACAUGUUUGACUCGCCGCCCAGUCCUCAGGACUCCCUCUCUGACCAGGAGGGCUAUCUGAGCAGCUCCAGCAGCAGCCACAGCGGCUCAGAUUCCCCUAUCCUGGACACCUCAAGACGUCUUCCCAUCUUCAGCAGACUCUCCAUCUCCGACGACUAAUCUGGGGUUUCUUCUUGCCCCCCCCCCCCAUCCCCCCCACUUCUAUUACGAUGUUAAGCUGAACUCCUCCCACCCUAUCCCUAGUAGUCUGAGCUGGAUGUUAACAUGUCCACCUGCCUGCUGUAGACCCACUGGCUUAAACCUUAAGUGCCAAAUUACGAUGAAAAGCAAUAACGUUUACAAAAUUAGUGCCUUUUAACACUUUCACUGUGACUGUAUUACCUCUCCAGCUGCAGAGGGCACCAGCAGCUCUGUGUACUUCCAGAUGUGCAGGAAAUGUCCGGAUCCAGCUCCCUCCACUGGCCAUGUACUGCAUAGCCCUCUCCCAGUCCCUUCGCGACUGGCCAGUUUCUGCUAGGCUGCAGGCAUGUGGGCAAGUGUUAACAUCCAGUCUUCUUUCUCCUCUCCCCUUAAAGACUAAUCUUGCCUGGAUCCGCUCAGGUCUGCAGGAAGAAAAAGCUGAGAACGGACAAAGAUUGUAACAAGAGUGGGACUUUGACUGGGAGGAAAAAACCAACAACAAAAAAGAAAAACCAGAUGGACUAUGAGAGACUUGAUUUUGGUGCUAAAAAGUUCCCCAUGUAUUCAUGUGACAUCUUAAAUACAGAAAUAGAGGGGGUGGGGCCAACAGAAGUCAUUCCACACACACAAAAGUUCGUGUAAACAAAGUUCCAGUAGACAUAGCUUUAAUGGUUUUGCUCUAGAGUACUUUAGACCUAUCUUAGAGCACUCACGCCAAGCUUUUUAUUAUUUUUUUUUUUCUGGGUUUUUAAUUUUGUAUAACUUCAGAAAUUGGAGAGCAGAUUUUGCUUGUCACUGCACAACAAUAUAAAAAAGCUUAUUUAACUUAUCAAAACGUAUUUAUUGCCGAAACCUAUGCUUUUUUGUUAAUUUUGUUCAUAUUUAUCGGGAUGAUGAAUCCAUAGAAUAUAUUCUUUUAUGUUUAAAUUAUGAUCUUCCAUAUUAAUCUUAAGAUUGUGAAGUGUCUUUUUCCUUUUUUUCCCCACAGUUUAAUAUAUUAUACUACAAUGACAUUUUUUGUAACUUUACACUUUUUGGUUAUUUUAUUUUAAAAAAUGAAAAAUUAAUUUAAAAAAAUGCAAAAACUGUGUUUGGAUUAUUUAUUUUAGAAUUUCCCCCCUUUUUUUGUUUUUGUGUUGGACUGCAAAUUGAGUUAAUAUGCUUCUUUGCCUUUCUUCUCCUCCUCCUCUUUCCUUCCCCUGGGUCUUAACUACCUAGGGCUUUAGAAUGUACAUACCUGAGCUCUGUUGUGAGACAGUGUGGAAGGAAGACCUUUUUCUUCCUCUUUUUGUAUAGAUUCUUCAAGGAGAAAAGCCUUGGGCUCAAAGUGCCUAUCUGAAGACAUUCCAAAUACAGUUUGUCUUUGCGUUUCUGUAUUCCAAGUUUGGAGUUUUCCUUGCCGAGGUGAACGGGACUGGCACAAAGAGAAUAAUGAAUGUAAUCCCCCCCCCCCAUUACUGUUCACUACAUUGCUUUUUCCUCCUCUUUGUGUGAGUUUAUUUAAAAGAGAAUCUCUUUUGUAAUGACUGUUUGCAGUUUAAAUCAAUAAACCCCAAGUUUUUUCAAGAAA